CGGCCCCACUCUACCGGAAGCUGACCCGUGGAAGCGGGCGCGAGCAGCCGUUGAAGUCGGCAGAGAUACCAGAGGAGCUCUUCUAUAAUCUUUGGGUGUCGGUGUCAGGCGGCCUCACCGCCGCCAGGAGACGGCUCAGCGUCGGUGGCAGCAGUGUAAUUAUCCGCGGACACAAGGCCCAGCUGCCUCAGUAAUCGCAAGAGCUCGGCGCCGGAGGUUAGACUUGGAAAAAAUGGCUGGCAGCUUUUAUUUUGUUAUAGUUGGUCACCAUGAUAAUCCCGUUUUUGAAAUGGAGUUUCUUCCAGCAGGCAAAAUAGAGCCCAAAGAUGAUCAUCGACACCUCAAUCAGUUUAUAGCUCAUGCUGCCCUUGACUUGGUGGAUGAGAACAUGUGGUUAUCCAACAAUAUGUACCUGAAGACUGUUGAUAAGUUCAAUGAAUGGUUUGUCUCUGCAUUUGUUACAGCUGGCCAUAUGAGAUUCAUAAUGUUGCACGAUGUUCGGCAAGAAGAUGGGAUAAAAAAUUUCUUCAAUGAUGUCUAUGAUUUGUACAUUAAGUUUGCUAUGAAUCCAUUUUAUGAACCCAACACCCUAAUUCGAUCAACAGCAUUUGAUAGAAAAGUUCAAUUCUUGGGAAAGAAGCAUCUGCUGAGUUGAAGAUUUCUAAUUAUUAGAUGCCAUUCUGUAUAUUAAAUUAGUACACACAAUUUUAUUUUAUCAAUUCUGCUGUCACUUAAGUAUAUAAUGUAUAUGUUGGAUUUUGACAUCACUGAAAUUGAAGUUCAAUAUCACAUCAGUUUGUUUAGAUCCUCAAUUGAAAGUACAUGUUGUUGUAAUUGGACCCAUUUUUGUCCGCUAUGUAUAUAUUGAUAUGGGGAUGGUACUGUAUGCAACCUGUACUUUGAUUAUAGAACUUAUUCCUAUUGUCAAGCUAGUUACACUGUUUCAUGUUUACUUUCAAAGAACCUGUUUAUUUUUUUCAUGCCAGUUGUAGUCACCUUUUUAUUCUCCUACAUAUUGCAUUGACUUCAACAAAGAAAUGUUCAUCUUUCAUCCAGGGUUAUUCUAUUUAACUAAAAAUAACAUUGAGGACAAUAUACAUGCCCAAUAAAGAUGGAAUGGACCUGUC